CUCUCACCUUUACCACCACCAUCAACACCACCUUUCAUCAACACCCACCAAGCCUCUAAGCGGCUAUACUUUGAUAACUUUAUCCACUACACAACUCUAUCGACAUGUCUGGACGUGGCAAAGGUGGAAAGGGACUCGGAAAGGGUGGAGCCAAGCGUCAUCGCAAGAUUCUUCGUGACAACAUUCAGGGUAUUACGAAGCCUGCUAUUCGUCGACUUGCUCGUCGUGGGGGUGUGAAGCGUAUUUCUGGUCUUAUCUAUGAGGAGACCCGUGGUGUUUUGAAAAUUUUCCUGGAGAAUGUUAUCCGGGAUUCGGUGACGUAUACUGAGCAUGCGAAGCGGAAGACGGUGACUGCGCUUGAUGUUGUGUAUGCACUUAAGCGGUCAGGUCGUACUCUUUACGGCUUUGGCGCAUAGGCGCUUUUCAGUUGCAUUC